CCGCCAUGGCUACACAAAUUGACGAAUCUAUCGCAAAGUACGAAGCGUUCAUCAACGACGUCUUAAAAGAAGACCUCAAAAAGGAAGAUUGGCGGCUGCAGCAAAUCAACGCAGAAAUCACAGACUUGAUUCAACAAAAACACACAUUAGAAGUGGUAACUUCAAAAGAAAAACAUCCUGACGGAUUCAAGACGCAAGUAAACAUAGGCUGCAACUUUUUUAUGGAGGCCUCAGUUCCGGACACUUCAACAAUGCUAAUAAACGUUGGAUUGAAUCAUUUUCUUGAAUUUCCUGCGGAGGAGGCUGUGAAAUAUUUGGAUGUGAGAAUAAAGGCGUAUGAGAGGAAAGCGGAAGAGUUAAAAGACCAGAGUGCUAAGACUAAGGCUCAUAUUAAGCUUAUGUUGUUUGGUAUUGGGGAGCUGCAGGAAAAAGCUGCUAAGGGAUAAAGUGAUGUUUUCCUUUGGUCUUAGUGGAGAACUUUUUUACAAGGAAAUCUAGCCAAUUAUAGUUUUAUAUGUUCUAAAACUCAGCAAAAUGUAAACUUUAAGUGUCAAAGUAACCUAUUAUGCUUUCAAGUAUCAUUUGUUUUAAACUAAGGACAUUAAGCACAAAGAAUUUUGUACCCGCCCUGUCCCUAUCUCUAUCACAUGCACCUAAUUAUAUUUCUGUAGCACAGAUAGAAUAAGAAUAAGAAUUAUUUAUUGCCACACACAUACAAGAAAACAAAGACGAUAAAAACAAAACAAAACAAAAACAACAUGUUACAUGUAACAAUGAAAUUAACAUAGUUUGACAUUAAUCAUUCUUAUGUUAUAAACAGAGCUCGGCGAGGGUGAGCUGUUUUCAGAGUUUGCACAACAUGGACAUGCCUUGUCAUUCGAUGGUAUAUGUGGUGUAAUUUAAUAACUAAAAAAGUAUUUUAUUUAGGCUGCCUUCCGCUACGAUUUUUACGUGGCCAUAUAAAAAAAAAAUUAUAGCAAGAAUUUUUUAGUAAAACCUCUUCAAAUAAUAUGUUUAUCCAUCCAUAUGCUACUAUUAAAGUGUUUUUUUAUUUAUUUAUUACUAUUAUUAAUACAAGAAAUAACCUUACGAUCUAAUUCAGUUCCCUGCAAAACUGUUUACACAGUUUGUCUGCAGGUGCGAGUCUCUGAUAUAAUUACUUGCAUACGUAAUCAGUGCAAAAUAUUAUAAAAACUAACAUCAUACACUUAACUAAUAUAAUCAAAUAUACCUUACUUUACUUGGGUGACAUUUGCAGGCUCAGGCAUGCAAUUGUCACCCAAGCAUUUUCAAUAGGUGCUGCUUUACUGCUGUUUUAAAUCUAGUUUUAUUGGGCUCGAGCCUGAUAUUUUCUGGAAGACUGUUUAAGAAAUAUGGCAACCUUUUUUUUAGAGUUCGGUCUCCGUAAUAAUUGGUGACGCGGGGUAUUUCAUAUUUUUGCACAGCCACUGAUCUUGUAUUAUGUUUAUGUUCUACUCGUGUCGAGAUUUGCUCUUUAUUGCUGUGGUUGU